AUGAUUCAGUCCCAAACUUACUUGAAUGUAGCAAACAAUAGUGGAGCCCGAAAAUUAAUGUGUAUUCGAGUGCUAGGAGCAGGUAAUCGUAACACUGCUAAUAUCGAUGAUAUUAUCAUCACUAUAAUUAAAGAAGCAACACCUAAUAUGCCUCUGGAAGAAUCAGAGGUAGUUAGAGCCGUAGUUAUACGUACGUGUAAAGAACUUAAACAUAGUGAUGGAAUGAUAAUACGAUCUGAUGAUAAUGCAUCAGUUGUCAUUGAUCGGAAAGGAAAUCCAAGAGGAAAUCGAGUUUUUGGUUCAGUUACUGAGGAAUUAAGAGAAUUGAAUUUCACCAAAAUAAUAUCAUUGGCUCUUGAAGUAUUAUAA